UUCAGCCAAUCAGCAGAGAGCUUGGCCGGGGCCAGGCUGUAUUUACUCGUGCCCAAGGGCCAGGUUUCCUCAGAUGCUUCGAGGGUGCGGAGACAGCGACAGCUCACCGGAGCCGCUGAGCAAACAUCUAAAGAUGGUGCCUGGUGGAAGAAAGCAUUCUGGGAAAUCUGGGAAGCCACCUUUGGUUGAUCAGCCUAAAAAAGCCUUUGACUUUGAGAAAGAUGAUAAAGAUCUGUCUGGUUCAGAAGAAGAUGUUGCCGAUGAAAAGGCUCCAGUAAUUGAUAAACAUGGAAAGAAAAGAUCUGCAGGGAUAAUUGAAGAUGUUGGAGGUGAAGUACAGAAUAUGCUGGAAAAAUUUGGAGCGGACAUCAACAAAGCUCUUCUUGCCAAGAGGAAAAGAAUAGAAAUGUAUACCAAAGCUUCUUUCAAAGCCAGUAACCAGAAAAUUGAGCAAAUUUGGAAAACACAACAAGAGGAAAUACAGAAGCUUAACAAUGAAUAUUCUCAGCAAUUUAUGAAUGUGUUGCAGCAGUGGGAACUGGAUAUACAGAAAUUUGAGGAACAAGGAGAAAAACUAUCUAAUCUUUUUCGACAACAACAAAAGAUUUUCCAGCAGUCUAGAAUUGUUCAGAGCCAGAGAAUGAAAGCAAUCAAACAGAUACACGAGCAGUUCAUAAAGAGUUUGGAAGAUGUGGAAAAGAAUAAUGAUAAUCUAUUUAUUGGCACACAAAGUGAACUUAAAAAAGAAAUGGCUAUGUUGCAAAAAAAAGUUAUGAUGGAAACUAUCCAAAGAUUCUCUGGGCAGUGUGACUGGAAGCAGGACCCACAGAAAGCAUAAAGCGGAGUAGCAAAGACUUCACACUACAGAUUUACAGAUGGGUGGACAACUUAGUGCGACCCAGGAUGAAAACAAAACGUCAAAGAACCUGGUAGACCUCAGCGGUAGACCAGUUGCCCAGCAGGCGGAGAGCUCAAGUGUCAACCGUCUCAAAACAAACA